GAUGUUUGUGCAUCACUAUUCUAAACAACACACGUGCUCGGUGGUAAACAUGAAAAGCGCGAAAGUUUAUUGAAUAUUAAAUAAAGAAAAGUGAAUAUUUAAACGAAAAGUAAAAUGACACAUUUGGGGUCAGACGAUAACUCGUCCGGAGACGAGGAGCCGCGUGCCAUUGUGAAGGAAAGCAGCAAGAUAUUCCGUCGCAAUCGUGCGCUCGGCUAUGUCAGCAACCAGGUGCCGGCGGUGACACGUUAUGUUCAGCGACGUCGCGAUACUCUGCUGAUCACCUGCAUUGGCCGGUCCUUCCAGGUGUACACGGCCAGUCAUAUGCGACUGCUGCAUGUGAGCGGAUUGCAUCCGGAUGACAUUACGGCCAUGGCAACGGACAGAUUACACACGUACACGGCAAGCAACAAGUGUAUCUAUGCAUGGAGAGCGGGCAAACACAUACGCCAUGUGUAUCGUGGCCAUGAGCAUGAUGUCCACCUUCUGCUGCCCUUCGGCGGCAAUCUGAUUGCCGUGGAUCGCGGCAAUGUGUUGAAGGUUUGGAAUAUACGCACCGACGAUGUGUAUUUGGAUGUGCCCUUCAACCGGGAAGAAUUCAAUAUCACUGCUAUGGCUCAUCCGCCCACUUACAUCAAUAAGAUUGUCCUCGGCUCACAGCAGGGCCAGCUGAAGAUCAUGAACAUCAAGAAGAACACCAUUUUGUGCACUAUCAGUCGCCACAAUAGUCGCAUCACUUGCAUCGAACCGGGUCCAGCAUUGGAUGUGGUUGCCGUAGGCCAUGGCGACGGCAGCAUUGUUGUGCUGAAUCUGAAAUACGAUACAGUGAUUGUAGCAUUCAAGAUGGAAUGGGGCAUGGUCACAGGACUCGCCUUCCGCACAGAUGGUCCACCCAUUUUGGUGUCAUCUUGCAUGACCGGUUAUAUGGCAUUCUGGGAUCUUGAACAGCGCAAGCUAGCUGGGCAGCUCCAAGCACAUGAACAGGAAAUCACCACGACAAUCUGUUUGCCCAGUGAACCUGUGGUGUUCACCACAUCGCCGGAUAACUCAAUGAAAUUGUUUGUCUUCGAUAUGCCCGAUGGGGGAGCACGUCAACUGCGCAUACGUGAGGGUCACACAAAGCCACCGCUUUGCAUACGCUACCAUGGUGGCUCUGGGGUGUCGAUACUCUCGUCUGGUGAGGACAGCACAAUGCGUGUCUUCUCCACCAUAUCGGAGUCGCUGAGCAAGAGCAUGGGCCGUGCCACCUACAAUGCCAAGGCUACCAAAAAGAAGAAUCGCUUCAAACAUGACAAGUUCAGCAUGCCACCCAUCUUGGAGUUCACUUCAGAUACGGCGCGUGAACGUGAAUGGGACAACAUUGCUGCCAUCCAUGCGGGCAUCAUACAGACCACCACUUGGACUUUCAACAAGAAUCGCAUGGGCGAUCAUCGCUUGGUGCCACUGCAAUUCCAAAGCAAUCAUCGCACCAACUUCCAGGCUGAAACGACAUCGAUCAUUCUAACGCAUUGCGGCAACUUUGUAAUCAUUGGCUACAGCACCGGCGAUGUGGAACGCUUCAAUAUACAGUCCGGGUUGCAUCGCAGCAGCUAUGGAGCACCGGCUAAAGCGCACGAUGUUGCGGUGCGCGGUUUAGCCAGUGAUAAUUUGAAUCAAUAUGUAGUUUCCGGCUGCACUGAAGGCCUUGUCAAAUUCUGGUUGUUCAAGGGCACAUCUGCGAAGCCAUUGGCCAUCUUGCGUCUGGCUGAUGGCGUUGCUUUGAUGCGUCAGCAUCGCGAGAGUUCUAUGCUGGCCAUUGCUCUGGAUACCUUCAAGAUCUAUGUAGUAGAUAUGAAUACGCGUGUCAUUGUGCGCAAGUUCAUUGGCCACACGGCCAAGCUAAAUGAUAUGACCUUCAGUCCGGACAGUCGUUGGCUCAUUUCGGCUGCCAUGGACUCCACUAUUAAGGUUUGGGACAUACCCUCCUCCUAUAUGAUUGAUCAUUUUCGCGUGGAACGUCCCUGCAUCUCGCUAAGCAUGUCUCCAAGUGGCGAUUUCUUGGCCACCGCCCACGUUAAUCUGUUGGGCAUCUAUUUGUGGGCAAACAAGACGCUGUUUAAUCAGAUUUCGUUGCGUUCCAUUGAUCCCAAUGAAGCGGCACCCUAUGUGGGUUUGCCCUCUAAUAUGUGCGAUGCUAUGGAACUGGAGAAUGUAAUGGAAGAGCUGGAAAUCGAUGACGAAGCAGAGCUGGGCGAGGAAAUUGAUGCCAAGUACGAGACACCCAAGCAACUGGACACGGAACUGAUUACCAUGUCGGGCUUGGCUGCAUCACGUUGGCAAAAUCUGUUGGAUUUGGAGCUGAUAAAGCGACGCAAUAAGCCCAAAGCGCCACCAAAGGCUCCCAAGCAGGCACCCUUCUUUCUGCCCACCGUUUCGGGGCUGGAGAUGCGCUUUGACGUGACAAAUGCUCCCGCAAAUGAAGAUGGUUCUAAACUGCUGCAGGCCACAACACUCAACAAUCUGACUGCCUUCGGCAAACUGUUGGAGGCAACUGCAGCGAAUGGGAAUUACGAGCCCGCAGUAAAGCAUAUUACACAGUUGGGACCAUCGAUGGUUGACUUUGAGAUCAAGUCACUGCAUCCAGAUGCCGGUGGCACCAUGCUGGCCAUGCAGCAGUUCCUUAAGCUCAUCGAGUAUAUGCUGGGCACCAACAUGGACUUUGAACUGGCCCAAUCCUAUCUAAGCGUUUAUCUGCGCUCUCAUGGCCUCAGUCUCAGCGAAUCGCCGUUGCUCGUCCAAUCACUGCGCUCCGUUUCUAAGGCUCAGGAGAAAGCGUGGCAGCGCGUUGAGAGCAAGCUGAUCUAUGGCACAGGCGUUGUGGCUGCUCUGCGUAACUUUGCGCGCUAGUUUACUAGAUAUAUUUAUACUUGUAGUUAACUCUUUUACUUGUUUGUAAAUAAAUUUGCAAUCAAAAUUAUAAAAGUAAACGCGAACUGGGAAUGCGGGUUUCUAAUUGUUAAACUCAACAAGCGGCCUAAUUGAGCGAUCAAUGCAAUCAUCCACAGUAAAUGUUGGAUAUAAGCAACAGUGGAAUAAUCAUUGUAAAUGAGCAAAAAAGGUUAAAGCCAAAUGUUGCUUUUAAUUGCAAACUAUUUGCACUUUUAACUGAUGCUGGGCUGACUUAAUUUCUAUUUUUAAAUCAAUCAAAACCACUUUCGAUAUAUACUGUAUACAUAUGUAGACAUUAUAAUGCAAAACUAAAUUCGUAUGGGGGCGAAUUUACAAAAUAAAGCAAAAAAGUCAAGUACAUUUCAUCAGUUCAUAAAAAACUGGUUGCAUUCAGUUAAUUAAUUUAUGACGUAUAGUUAAAAAGAGAAUAUAUAUUUAUUGAACUGAUUUUGCUACAUUGUUUAAUCAAUUAGAAUUCACACUAUCAAUAAAUGAAUCAUUUCCUAGCCGAUAAGCAGAAAAUCCAAAAAAAAACUGAUAAUGAAUUAAUUUAUCCUCUAAUUCCUAUACACAAAAUUCGUUGCCAAAUGACGACAGCAUCUAAAUGAUAUAGCACAUAUAUGUAUAGUACAUUAUAUAGAUAUUACGACGCAAAUCAGGCGAUCGUAAUUGAAUCAUUUUGAUUUACCCAAAGACCACAACGAUUCCCCCCUACAAUUGAAAUAAUAAAUUGUGUUUUUUACAGAUUGAAGUUGAAAUUGUGUAUUAAUUAUUUUAUUUGUUAUAUCCGUUUAAUCUAACGCUUUUAUUUAUGCUGGAAUUAAAUAACUUAAACUUGUUCUUAAUCGUGUUCGCGCCUGCGGACUUUUCUUGUUUGUUUUUGUUUUGCAUAUGCGGUUCUAGUGGCGACUGAAUUUGAAAGUUUUUCCAUUUCGGGUUCAUUGGCUUCUCUC